GAUUGUGUGGGAAAAUGACCCCCACCCUCCCAUCUCCACCGGCCAGUGAUGUGAUGGACGCGGGGGUCUGGACCAAUCGCUGACAAGUUCCGCCCCCCGGGCAACGGCAUGUCCGUUAUUUGAAUUUUCGGCAGACAGGCUCUUCUGUACACCGAGUCCCACUGACCAAUGAUCAACCAUACACUAGUUCUGUCCUACACACUGGAAACUAUUUACAAAAGCCAAUUAAACUACAACCCUGCGCAUCUUUGAAAUGUGGGUGGAAGUCGGAGCACCCGGAGAAAAGCCAUGCGGUCACAGGGAGAAUGAAUAAACUCUGCACAGAAUGGAAUCUGUAGUCUGGAUCGAAGCUGGGUCUCUGGCGCUGUGCCACAGUGCCUUUCUGAAAUGGGAAUUCCUGUACUGGAACAUUUGUGCAUUAACAACUAAUUUAGUAACAGACUGAUUUGUAAUUUAAAUUGAUUUUGUUGCCUAGAAUGUGUACUUGCUCUACUAAAUAAUUUACUGUAUCCAUUUUGGAAUUUGCUAGGUAGGUUGACAAAUAGCUUUAAAAUGCACGUUACUUGGUUUUCUGCGAGUUAGCUGCGUUCAUUCUUGAUGAGGCAAUAAUAAUAGCAAUAAUAAGGAAUUUGGAAUCUGUUUUUUUUGUAUUUGUAUAAAAAAAGUUAACAUGUUGAUGACCGACAAUGUUUACCACGGAAUUUGACGCCCAAUUUAUCCUUUAUAUUCUCUCUAAUAAUACGCAAAAGAAAAUGAGGAGACUUGUUCUGAAAAUAAAUGUAAGUUGAUGUUUUGGCUCCGUAGAUCACGACAUCUUGUGUAAUUUUCUGUGAAAAUGUCUCAGAAAAGCACAUUAAAGCAAGAGGAAGCAAGAUUUGAGGAAAAUAUUGAAAUGUCCCCAUCUGAUUGUGUAACAUGCAUCGUUAGUACGGAACAGUUGGAAGCGGCGAAAGAAGAUCAGGCAAAUGACACAAAGGUUGAUCACCAGAAACGACUGGUGCUCCAGGGGCAACAACGAAAAAGACCUAAGACAGGUGCCAAAGGUAAACUAGUGAGAAGUCUUGCUGUUUGUGAAGAGUCAAACCUGCCUCUGCCAUCACCAGAAACCACUCCAGAGAAUCAGGAUUCCAUUCAGCACCAACUCAUCAGCACAUCAAGUAUUCAAGAUGAUGAGAAAAACAAUAAAGAAGAAUUGGAAAAAGAUAAAAACAAAGAGAAAGAAAAACUUAGUGAAAAAUCUAAAAUGAAAAUGCUGUCAAAAGAAUACAGUCAAGAGUACACAGACUCCACAGGGAUCGACUUACAUGAGUUUCUCAUUAAUACAUUAAAGAACAAUCCAAGGGACAGAAUGAUGCUUUUAAAAAUGGAACAGGAACUAAUAGAUUUUAUCAAUGAUAACAAUAAUCACUACAAGAAGUUCCCUCCAAUGUCAUCAUAUCAUCGGAUGUUGGUACAUCGAGUGGCCGCCUACUUUGGAAUGGAUCACAAUGUAGAUCAAAGUGGAAAAUCAGUUAUAAUCAACAAAACAAGCAAUACCAGAAUACCAGAACAAAGGUUUUGUGAACACAUAAAAGACGAGAAGAAUGAUGACUCCCAAAAAAGAUUUAUUUUAAAACGAGACAAUUCCAGUAUGGAUAAAGAUGAUAAUCAGUCCAUGUGCUCCCUGGAUGGUCUAUAUGUGGAAAAUGGGCGAACUCUAGAGGAUAUCAAUUCAUUCAGUGACUCACAGAAAAAGAGGCAGCUAUUUAGAGAUGCAACAGGGAAAAUGUCAAGUAGUCGCCAGAGCAGCACAGAGACUGACGUGAAAUGGACUGACCAACGCCCCUGGAGUAGCACUGACUCCGAUAGCUCAAAUCGAAACUUGAAGCUUCCCGUGACAAAGACAGCAAGUAUCGGUGGCAUAACGGUGUUAACUCGUGGCGACAGCACAAACAGUAACAGGAGUACAGGCAAACUUUCUAAAACAGGUUCAGAGUCUUCCAGUAGUGCUGGCUCAUCAGGUUCAUUGUCAAGGAGCCAUCAGCCAAUGCAAAGUGCAAAUGUUAUCCCUGUUUCAGUCAACUCUACAGGGUCCGUCUCCUACCCAGAUGGCGGAAUGGGUGGACAAGUGGCAUCCACUAACACAAGUUAUAUCUUGCUCCCUUUGGAGGCAACAGGUAUACCACCUGGCAGUCUGCUGUUAAAUCCACACACAGGUCAACCCUUUGUGAAUCCCGAUGGUACACCAGCAAUUUAUAAUCCUCCGGCCGGCUCGCAUUCGGUUAGAAGUCCACGUCCUGGACAGAGCCAGCAGCAGCCUCCUCCACAGUCACAGCAGCAGCAGCAGAUACCCAGCCACCUCAUUCCACAGCCAGUUCAAGCAAUGCAGCCUACGUCCCAGCCUGCCCCGUAUCCAACAGCUUCUUAUCCUUCCCAGCACCUGCUGCCUGUUUCUCCAACACAACAGUUUCCAGUGCGAGAAGACCUGGCCUCGCAGUUUAACCAGAUGAGUUUAAGCAGACAGUCAUCAGGAGAGGCCACUGAGCCACCGUCUGGCUCUGUCUAUCAAUCAGCCAUCUUGCCUCAUGCACCCCAACAAUCGAACUAUGUUUUGGCAUCGACAAGUCAGCUUCCUCCAGGUAGUUUUACUGGAUCUGGACAGCCCAUGUCUCAACAAGUGCUACAGCCACCGCAAGGAUUUGUACCACAGCCAUCUGCCCAGAUGCCAGUGUAUUACUACCCGUCUGGCCAGUACACUACCUCAGCAGCCCAACAGUUCAGGCCUGUUGCUACUGUUCAAUACAAUGCACAGCGAAGUCAGCAGGCACCACAAACCACACAACAGACAGGUUUUCAGCCGGUCUUGCCUAAUCAGCAGCAGGGGUACCAAGGCGUGAUGGGAGUGCAGCAGCUACCCCAGAGUCAGAAUCUGUUGAACAACCAGCAGGGAAACCAGGUGCCGGGUGUGAUGGUCCAAUAUCCAGCCAUGUCUUCUUACCAAGUGCCAAUGACUCAGAGUUCUCAAGGGAUGUCUCAACAAUCAUACCAUCAGGCUCUUGUAUUAUCCGAUCAGUCCGGUCAAGGGACACUUCCAGCCACAGGAAUGUCUGUCUAUUGUAAUGUAAUACCUCCUUCUCCUCAAAACAAUGUAAGGUUGGUAGCACCCCACUGCACUGCCAAUAAUGUACCAGUGCUGCCUGGCAAUUGCAGAACAAACUGUACAAGCAUUAGCAACACUGGGUGGCAGGUUAAAUAUUGAAAUGGCGGCAUUGUGUGCUUAAGAUAUCAAAAUGUUUUUUUGGACAGAGUAACGUGACAAGAAAUAUUGAAACAUCAGUUGAAGAACUCCUGUUAAAAUUCUCAGUUAAUCACUGCUGGUACUGUUUAGAAAGUAAAAAUAUAUUCACUAAUGUUGGUUACUGGUGCAUUUUAGUCACGUCCCUGCUAGGUAUGCUGAUGUAGCGUAGCUACUAUAAGUGACAUGGAUACUCUGGGGUAAGACUUUUCCUACCAGUGGCCGCUACUGUGUAGAUUGUAAUAUCCUCAUACUGAUUAGUUUUGUACUUUGUGUUGAGUUUGUGAAGCUGAAAAGUAUUAAAAUUAUUAUAACAAAAAAUAUAUGUUGUACCAAAGCUGAAACAGAAGGAAUUGCUAUAUGGAAGGGAUAAUUUAUAAAUACUAAUAGCUUUUUUUUAAUGGAUAUACACUGCAUCGUAGUGUUUAAUCACAAUAAAAAAACUAUUGACCUCAUGGGUAAAGGUCACAUUUCUACCACGUGAUUUGUCUGCUCUCCUGAAAGUUUAAUUUGUUGAGUGCCAGUUUUAGUCUUUUUGACAGGAGCUUAAAUUUUGUUCAGAAACAGCUGCUAAUUCGUUUUUUGCACUGAGAUUGCAGCUAUUACUGAAGUAAGACUGUAAAUGUUUUUUGUAUAUCUAUUAAUAUACAUCAAAACACAUUUCCCAAUUUUAAAAGAACCUAAAAAGUUAUUUGUAAGUUUGAGCAAAUAGCUUGAUUUUGUCCAUCUUUGGCACAUGUCAGUAGAUCCAUCUACAUUUAUUGAUCACCGUACUAUCUAAAUAUGAAUGCUAUUAAUAAGGAUCUUAUUAAGUAGAUAAGUAUUUUUAUAAACUGGUUCAUAUUUUGAAACCAAUAUUAAUCUUCAUGACGUUAAUGCUACUUGUGUGAUGUGAAGUAGUUUUAUUUUCACUCAGGGUAGAGAUUUUUGUGUUAGAAGCUUCCUACUCUAUCAGUAAAAAAAUAUUGUUGUGAUCCAUCCAAGGUAAUAUCUGCUAAUGAGAAAACUCCUAAACUUUAUUGGGUAAUACUUCUAGAUCACCCAACUGAAUUAUCCAUUAUAAAUUUGAAUUAAGUUAUCAUGCGCUCUUUGGAUUUCCUCCAUCUGUAGAAUUUUGCAUGGAUCUGAAGAGUUGGUGAGAAACGAAUGUUGAAUUAUGUUUCAAGAGGUUAUUUCAUUUUAUUCACAUGUCUGUACGGAGUUUGCAUGUUCUCCCCAUGACCUGCCUGGGUUUUCUCCGAGGUCUUCGGUUUCCUUCCGCACUUCAAAGACGUACCAGUUUGUAGGUUAAUUGGCUUUGAUUUAGAAGUAUAAAUGUAAAAUUGUCCCUAGUGUGUUUAGGGUCGUGAUAAUUUGCUGGGAUCGCCGAUUGGUGCAGACUCUAUGGCCUAAAGGGCAUGUUUCACAUUGUAUCUCUAAACUAAACUAAACUAAACUAAACAUACUCCUCGUUAUACAGUGCUCCAGGUUCUGAAAGCUGAUCUAUCGGGGGUAGCAACAAAUACCGUGUCACUUCAAGAUUUAUUGCUAGGAAUUGGACUUCUAAUAAAGGCAAAUGAAGAUUCUAUCUGUUGCCCAGUUUUUGGCUGCCUGCAGAAGUUACAGCUCAAAACCUUUUGUAAACCCUCUCAUUUUGUAU